UGCUCCUUUGGUUUGUUUGGUCCUGACUGGGGUCUUCGUGGUGCCAGUAGCAGACGAGCCAGGGGAAUUUGGGGGCCCGUAGCUAGGGUGGAGGGGAACCUGAGCUACUGCGAGCGCUUCACUGCUGUCCCGGGGGGCCGUCUGCGGAGCCUGAGGCUGGCGCGUGCGGUGUCGAGCUGGCUGACCCGGGGCUUGCAAUGCUCGCCAGAGGAUGCUCCCGCAGCGUGGUGGGUGUGAGGGUUCCCCACCUCACUCUCUCCUGACUGAAGUCGUGGUUUAGGGGCGUCUGACAGCUGCCUCACUUGGGAUAUCGGGUGUUAGAGCAUGGGGCUCACCAAGCAGUACCUACGCUAUGUUGCCAGUGCAGUCUUUGGCCUUAUUGGCAGCCAAAAAGGUAAUAUUGUCUUUGUGACACUUCGUGGUGAAAAAGGACGCUAUGUGGCAGUACCAGCCUGUGAACAUGUUUUCAUCUGGGACCUACGGAAAGGAGAGAAGAUCCUCAUCCUUCAGGGACUUAAACAUGAAGUCACUUGCUUAUGCCCCUCCCCAGAUGGGCUGCACUUGGCUGUUGGUUAUGAGGAUGGGUCUAUCAGAAUCUUCAGUCUCCUGAGUGGAGAAGGAAAUGUGACCUUCAAUGGACACAAAGCAGCCGUCACUUCCUUGAAGUAUGAUCAGCUAGGAGGCAGGCUGGCAUCUGGGUCCAAGGACACAGAUAUUAUCGUGUGGGAUGUGAUCAAUGAAAGCGGCCUCUACCGUCUAAAGGGACACAAGGACGCCAUCACACAAGCAUUGUUUCUACGAGAAAAGAAUCUGCUAGUUAGUAGUGGGAAAGAUACCAUGGUGAAAUGGUGGGACCUUGACACCCAGCACUGCUUCAAAACAGUGGUUGGCCACCGAACUGAGGUGUGGGGCUUGGUUCUGGUGUCCGAAGAAAAGCGACUCAUCACUGGGGCCUCUGACAGUGAACUGAGGGCCUGGGACAUAGCUUAUCUGGAAGAGAUUGAAGACCCAGGAGAACCAGAGCCCAAGAAAAUCAAAGGGUCUUCUCCCAGAAUGCAGGACACAGGUGAAACAGAGGAUGGUACCCUGGAGAUGGACGAAGCUCCUGAGGAUCGCAUCCUCACAUGCAGAAAAGCUGGCUCCAUAAUGCGGGAAGGAAGGGACAGGGUUGUGAACCUUGCAGUCGACAGGACAGGCAGGAUUCUUGCUUGCCACGGAACUGAUUCCGUGCUAGAAGUAUUUCGUGUCCUUUCCACAGAGGAAAUUCAGAAGAAAAUGGACAAGAAGCUGAAGAAAGCUCGAAAGAAAGCAAAAUUAAAUUCUGGCAAAGAGGAGGAGGAAGACCUUGAGGUCAGUGUUGAAAUGACUCUGCAGGAUGAAAUCCAACGGGUGACUAACAUCAAAACUUCCGCCAAAAUCAAAUCCUUCGACUUGAUUCAUUCGCCUCAAGGAGAGUUAAAGGCUGUCUUCCUGCUGCAGAACAACUUGGUGGAAUUGUACUCCCUGAACCCCUCCGUGCCAGCAUCUCAGCCUGUCAGGACAAGCAGAAUUACCAUCGGGGGUCACCGCAGUGAUGUGCGGACUUUGUCAUUCAGCUCAGACAAUAUCGCUGUCCUUUCAGGAGCCGCUGAGUCCAUUAAGAUAUGGAAUAGAUCCACGCUGCAGUGUAUUCGCACGAUGACCUGCGAGUAUGCGCUUUGCUCCUUCUUUGUACCUGGUGAUCGGCAGGUGGUCAUAGGAACAAAGACAGGAAAGCUGCAGCUUUAUGACUUGGCCUCAGGAAAUCUGUUGGAGACAGUAGAUGCACAUGAUGGAGCUUUAUGGUCCUUGUCUCUCUCUCCCGAUCAGCGUGGCUUUGUGACAGGCGGUGCAGAUAAAUCCGUCAAAUUCUGGGAUUUUGAGUUGGUAAAAGAUGAAAACAGUACCCAGAAGAGGCUUUCUGUGAAGCAAACUCGAACCCUGCAACUAGAUGAAGAAGUUCUGUGUGUCAGUUACUCUCCCAAUCAAAAGCUGUUGGCUGUGUCUUUGCUGGACUGCACUGUGAAAAUUUUCUAUGUUGAUACUUUAAAGUUUUUUCUCUCACUGUAUGGACACAAACUGCCUGUUAUAUGCAUGGAUAUCUCUUACGAUGGAGCACUGAUAGCAACUGGCUCUGCCGACAGGAACGUGAAGAUCUGGGGCUUGGACUUUGGGGACUGCCACAAGUCUCUCUUUGCACAUGACGACAGUGUGAUGUACCUCAAGUUCGUACCCAAGUCUCACCUCUUCUUCACUGCUGGGAAAGACCGUAAGAUUAAGCAGUGGGAUGCAGACAAAUUUGAACACGUCCAGACUUUGGAGGGGCAUCACCAGGAAAUAUGGUGUUUGGCCGUAAGCCCCAGUGGAGACUAUGUUGUGUCAUCAUCCCAUGACAAAUCUCUGAGACUCUGGGAGAGAACAAGGGAGCCUCUUAUCCUCGAGGAAGAAAGGGAGAUGCAAAGGGAAGCAGAAUAUGAGGAGAGUGUGGCCAAAGAAGACCAACCCGCAGUUCCGGGAGAGACUCAAGGUGACAAUUACUUUACUGGAAAAAAAACCAUUGAAACCAUCAAAGCAGCUGAGAGGAUCAUGGAGGCCAUUGAGCUCUAUCGAGAAGAAACUGCAAAAAUGAGAGAACACAAAGCCAUUUGUAAAGCUGCAGGGAAAGAGGUUCCUCUUCCCAUCAACCCCAUCCUGAUGGCUUACGGCAAUAUCUCUCCUUCAGCUUAUGUGUUGGAGAUUUUUAAAGGAAUCAAGUCAAGCGAGCUGGAGGAGUCUCUGCUUGUGCUGCCGUUCUCUUACGUCCCAGACAUUCUUAAGCUCUUUAAUGAAUUUAUCCAGCUGGGCUCCGAUAUUGAACUUCUGUGUAGGUGCCUCUUCUUUCUCCUCAGGAUUCACUUUGGCCAGAUCACAAGCAAUCAGAUGCUUGUGCCAGUGAUUGAAAAAUUAAAGGAAACAACUAUUUCAAAAGUCAGCCAAGCCCGGGAUGUCAUCGGCUUCAACAUGGCAGGUCUUGAUUUCCUCAAGAGGGAAUGCGAGGCAAGAAGCGAAGUUAUGUUUUUUGCCGAUGCUACCAGCCACUUGGAAGAAAAGAAGAGGAAGAGGAAAAAGAGGGAGAAGCUGAUUUUAACAUUCACUUAGAACUGAAAUGUGGUAAUUUUUUCUUAAGGGGGACUUGCAAACUAAGCAGCAGCAGAGUUGAUGUAACCUGUGAGAUAAAUAACAGAAGUUAUCAUGUUGCAAAAAUCUUAGGAUGUGCUUCCCAGCUUUGCCUGAGGGAAUUCCAACAUAGUACGGGCUCCAUUUCUUGGCUGAAACAGAUUUGUUGAAAAUCUGUCCUCUCAGGGGUGAGCCCUGCAGGAAGCCAGGAAAUCUUUAAAUGAGGUAUUUGUUUCACUAGAGUUGAAACUAACAUUUCAGAAGUUUUUCUUAUUUCUUUUUAUAUAGAUUUGUUGGGUCAUCUAUUACCUCUUUGUAUUUGGUUUUACUGCCUGGUGAGGCUAAUUGCCCUCUGCCCAUAGAUGUGGAGUCUUGAACUUAAGAGAGCUGAAAGGGACUGGAAAAGUUAUCUGGAACAGCUUCCUUUAAGUUAACCCAUUGCAGGGUUUUUUUUUUUUUUAAUCUGUAUAUAAAAAUAUCCUAAUUGCUGUUAAUACUCCCUAAAUAGUUCUUUUCUUAAAUUUUUUUAUUAAAGUUGAUUUACAGUGUC